GCCAGGUCUUAAUCAUGAACAGAACAUGAAGAAGAUGAGGCUGCUCACCUUCAUGCAACUCGCGGAGACAAAUCCAGAAAUGAGUUUCGAGAUGAUACAGUCGGAGUUGAUGAUUGAUGUAGAGGAAGUCGAGAGUUUCAUCAUCGACGUUUUGAAAACAAAACUCGUGCGCGCUCGAAUGGAUCAGGGAGGCCGCAAGGUUCUGAUCUCAAGCACUAUGCACAGGACUUUCGGUCGACCCCAGUGGCUACAACUUCGUGAUUUGCUCGCAGCUUGGAAAUCAAAUCUUUCCUCUGUCCAGGAAGGCAUGAAAUCCGUGGCCGCUGCACAAAUGGAACUCGCUGCCAAGACGAAAGCAGCAUUGAAGUAACGAAUGAUUUAAACAACAUGUAAAAAGCGAAUCUUUUCUAUUUCCGAAAUUUGGCAAACUUCGUGCAUUUCUCAAUGGAUACGAAUUGCAUGGACAGUUUUCGGAGUCGAGGAAAAACCGACAUUGAGAGUUUUUCUAGAUCUCGAACUUAGAGCGUGAUUUCGGACUAAGGUUUUCAAGGCGAUUUUUUAAAAUAUGUAGAGUUAAGGUGAAAAUUUCAAGCUUAAUCUUGGAACUUUAAUAGAGUAACGUGUAAUAGAAUGAAUAAACAAAAAUAGAUGAUAA